AUGGAGAAGCAACAGCCCACGACGUCGACUGUAGAAGGAUCUUCGCUCUCCGGAUUACCGAUGAAUAUAACAGCUGACGCAGUGAACGAGGAAAGCUUGGCACUUCUCCAACAGAUUUAUCAGCAUCGGCAAGCGGAGCAGUAUCAUCGUGCACAAACAAAUCUUGCCAUGCAGCAUCUCAGUUAUUUCCAAGCUCUCCACGCUCAGCAACAGCAGCAGCAAAAGCAGCAGCAGUCGCAGCAACAGCAGCAGCCGCAGUCGCAGCAAGAUACAAAAGCAGCGCAGGGUCAUUCGAGCGCCACAAGUGCAGCAGAUACCUCGGAGGAUAGCGACACACAAAUGUCGCCAACCGCCAAAGAUUCGGCAGGCCUGAGGAACAGAAGGUGA